AUGGCAUACGCCUACUUGUUUAAAUACAUCAUCAUUGGCGACACAGGUGUGGGAAAGUCCUGUCUGCUGUUACAAUUCACAGACAAAAGAUUCCAGCCAGUACAUGAUCUAACCAUUGGUGUGGAAUUUGGAGCCCGCAUGAUUACAAUUGAUGGCAAACAAAUAAAACUACAGAUCUGGGACACAGCAGGGCAGGAGGCAUUUCGGUCGAUUACUCGAUCAUACUAUAGAGGAGCAGCUGGUGCUCUUUUAGUUUAUGAUAUCACCAGGAGAGAUACUUUCAACCACUUAACAACCUGGCUUGAAGAUGCACGACAGCAUUCCAAUUCAAAUAUGGUUAUCAUGUUAAUUGGAAACAAAAGUGAUCUAGAGUCUCGGCGUGAAGUAAAAAAAGAGGAAGGGGAAGCCUUUGCACGUGAACAUGGCCUAGUGUUCAUGGAGACAUCAGCAAAGACUGCUGCAAAUGUUGAAGAGGCAUUCAUUAAUACUGCCAAGGAGAUAUAUGAGAAAAUUCAGGAAGGUGUUUUUGAUAUCAACAAUGAGGCAAAUGGUAUUAAGAUUGGACCGCAGCACUCCACAGCUGGUGGGGCGAGUGGUGCGGGUGGCUCUGGUGCGGGGGGCGCUGCAGGCGGCGGCUGCUGU